UGGAAAUGUAACCAGGGGAAAGUCGAAAAAGGUAACAAAGCUCCGGAUAAUUUUGGAUAAAUUCGAAAAUGGCGAGAGAACCUGACGAAGAGUUAAAAAAGGCGUUUGCGGAGCUUCAGAGGAAGCUUAUAGACACCUCGCAGAAACAAACAUUAACGGAUCUGCAGAUUGACUCCCUGCAACGAACGAUGAAGCGAGCGAAGCUCACCGUCAAGGAGGUAACCACACUUCCUCCUAACACCAGACUAUACGAAUCGGUCGGCAGAAUGUUUCUGCUCGACGACAUCGAUAAUAUUAAGGAAGAGCUCGAGAAACGGGUGGCUAACGCGGAGAAGAAGAUCACCACGCUGGAAAACAGCAAGACGUUUUUACAACAGAGCUUGAAGGACAGCGAAAACCAUCUCCGAGAGAUGGUCCAACAACGGCAGAGCAAGGAAGCCUCUGGCUAAUGGAUCCUCCUCCAGGUCAUUUUUUACGUGCGUGCUUCAUGGGAAAUAAGAAAAUUUCUCACCAUCGCUAUUUAAUUUCAACGCUCUUCAUUGACUUUGUUAAAAGCGUAAGACAACUUCUAUUUGAGAACGGUAUGUUUAAUCGAAAGGAAAUAUUCAGAUUUAAGAAUUGUAUCGAGUAAAUUAAAGUUGUAACUAUAAAAUUUAAAAUUCAUUUGAAA